CAGGAAAUUACGUCUUCAUUACCCAUCAACCCUCUGAUGUUGUUGUAGUGCAGCAGCAGUGCAAACGGCAGUUUCAAGGUGAAAAGGAGUGAGUUCACUACUGGGGCAGCGUUUCAGUUGUCACAAUGGGUGAAAGAAAAGGAACAAACAAGUAUUAUCCUCCAGAUUUUGAUCCAGCCAAGCAUGGAUCCCUCAAUGGCUACCAUAAGACCCACGCCCUGCGUGAGAGAGCCCGGAAACUGUCCCAGGGCAUCCUCAUUAUCAGGUUUGAAAUGCCUUACAACAUCUGGUGUGAUGGCUGCAAAAAUCACAUUGGCAUGGGGGUUCGGUACAAUGCGGAGAAGAAGAAAGUGGGGAACUAUUACACCACGCCAAUUUACAGGUUUCGGAUGAAGUGCCAUCUCUGUGUGAACUACAUUGAGAUGCAGACAGACCCAGCCACUUGUGACUAUGUCAUAGUAAGCGGGGCUCGCAGGAAGGAGGAGCGCUGGGACAUGGCUGAGAAUGAACAGAUUCUCACUACAGAGCGGACAGAGAAGGAGAAGCUGGAGACGGAUGCCAUGUACAAACUGGACCACGGUGGGAAAGACAAGGAGAAGCUUAAAAAGGCUCUGCCAUCUCUGUCAGAGAUCCAGGACUAUCAGGCCGGGAAGAAGGAUGACUUCCAGCUCAACAGCACCCUCCGUAGGAAAUUCAGAGAAGAGAAGAAAGUUCUGGCUGAUCAGGAGGAGAAGGAUAAUGCGGUGAGGAUGAGAACCAACUUAUCCAUCCCACUGUUACCAGAGAAGGAGGAGGAUAAGAAACUGGCAGCACUACUUACCUACCAGACACCGGACUCAUAUGAGGACAAACAGCAGAGCAAAAGGAAGGAGAUCGCCUCUCGUUCAUGGUUUAACUCCGCGUCGACACCACCAGGUGGUGCUGCAGGCAGCCUGCUCCAUAAGCUUGGUCUCCAGGGGAAAGAAGUAGCUGUGGCCAAAGCCCUGGGUUCCUCACACAGUCCUUUAAUCCGCAAACGGACAUCACAGUCUGAAAUCAAGACUGAACAGCGUGCCACCAUCACCCCCAGAAAGUCACACCAUGAUGUCAGCACAAGCGAUGGGGACAUUUCAUUGGCCACACCCACAGUGGAAACCUCGUGUAUAGUAUCGGAACAAGUGGUUCAGAAUGAGACAAAGGGUGAUGGUUUCAAGGAAGUACAUAUCAGACCUACAGAGGAAGCAGACACAAAACUGACAAAUGGAAAGGUGGAGGACCGAAGUAAAUGCUCAGGAGGAGUCACAUCUCUGGUGGCAGACUACAGUGACUCGGAUUCAGAGUCUGGACAGUGAGACUGAAUGAUAAAUGGGACACUUUGUGUUUUCAGUGAAGAGUCAGAAGAAAAAUGGAGACAUAAACAAACUGUAGAUAUUUGUCACAGCUGCACACGUCUCACAUAGGCUUCUUUUAUCUGCUGAAGUAAUAGUGCUGCAUUCAUCUUUAGGAUCUGUGUGGCCUGCAGAUUACAGUGUCAUGAUUGUGUCAUGUGUGAAUGUGUUGGAAAAAAUGUUUAGAACUUGACCCAGCAUAUGGUAUUUGGUUAUCUAACUCGCAUGCCUCAGAUGCCCAAACGUGUCCCAGUCAUAAAACAGCCAAGAAGCUUGUAAAAUUAAAUGUAAAUUGCUUCAUCUAGUAUUGCUGCAUUUUUGUUUAAAUUUUAGUUCACUAUGUUGGCUCAAAGUGUUGAAACUAUCCAUCCACAGUAGAAUAACUUGUAUCAGAUGCAAAGUUCAUUUUUACCACAGGCCUGAGGGGGUGUACUGCAAAGGAAGUUCAGUUUUCAGUUCAGUUUUCUGAUGCAGGCUUUGUGUGCACUCACACAAAAAGGGGCACAAAAUGAUCUCUAUGAGCGCUGCCUACUCCAGUCGUCGAUGUUAUCAGAUGAUGAUAAAACAGGGAUUACAAAUGAAUAAAGAAUAUAAGAAACAGAAGACUGUUGCAAUAAAACAGGAAAUAAAUACUGCAGAAAAUCAUUGCUCUUAGAAUUUCAGCUGCAAAGUGGAAAAUAAAUAUUUUUAGAUCAUUAUUUUAUCGCUAAUUCUCAGUAUUGGUGUUUGUUUUUAAAGUGACAGCUGCAUAUUGGCGUUCUGAAACUUUAAACCAGAUACAUUUAAACAUUAAAGGUUAAUGUCCCCGCUGUGGUGAAAUCCCUUUAGUUUUUUGCCAGAUCGAAAAGAAAUAAAUUUUAUUGAUUUAUCCUUGGUGAUAAAAACCCAGAUCAGUUUGCUGCUCUAGUAGCUGCAAUUCCAGCAGUGUAAAAAAAAAAAACCUUAGCAGCAGAUUAACACUAAGGUGUCACAGCCUGGCCCAAACUAUAUGUCACUGAAGCGUGAGACCAUACGUAGACUUAGGUUGUUAAAUAACUUCAUGAAGUAAAGAAACUUAAAAAAAAAAAACCUUGAGUAAUUGUCAGCAUAUGUCAUGUCUGAAAGCGUUGGUGUAUGAGUGAGUAUGUGCCAACACCAAAAACAAAAUGCUUUGUCAGCCAAGCAGCACCCAUUAAGAAAAGAAAGGAGGCCCCAAGAGGCCCUGGCAGGGCUUCUUUAUAGGGGAUCUUAGCCUGACCUGCUCAGGUGUGCAUUUCCAUAAAACAGGCUUCUACCCUGAAACAAAACUGGAAAACUAUUGACAUUGUAAAUAAACCUAACAAAUGUAACAUAUGAUAUGAUUUUUAUGAUUUUUUUUUUCAUAAUCAACCUCACUGCCAAAAACAUUGAUAUAUGCUCAAACCGCUUCCAUCUCCAGACUCCGCUGUCUUGGAGCCUAGCAGAGGAAGGAAUACUGAAGAGGAACUAGUACAAAGCAUAUUAAUGAUACAGCUGUGACAAAUGACUGAGGGACACGGGACAAAGCAUCUGCCAUGACAUUAUCUUUGACAUGCUGAAUGUCUAAAUUGUAAGACUGAAAGAAAGCCCACCAGAUGAGCCUGUGAUUUGGGUUCUUCACUGAGUUUAAAUCUGAUAGUUGAUAUGUGACAUCUACAUGCAGCUUAAAUGUGUGAUCCAAAUGGGGCCAACAUCUGAAACUGGGUCAGCUCCACCCACCAGUUGCCUGAAAAAAAUAGACACAGAUAACAAGAAAACAAGGCCAUGUUGUGUCGGUCAAAAAGGAUAGAAAACUACUCAUUUUCUUCAUCACCACAUGACUGCUACGUACACAUUCAAUUGACAAUAAAAUGCACAGAUUGUGCUGCUGUAACUUCUAGCUGAGCUUCAUUCGUCAUGUUAGUAAGUUACAGCUUAAUGAUUUACACAUGUACAAAGGAAUUCUACAGCAUAAAAUCAAUAUUGCACCUAAAACAUACUGUAAAAAGGCCCAAUCAGUGAAAAUGUGGCUGUGUCUAGCUGGUUUGAAAUCAAAACUCUGAAGAUAACCUGCUCCCAACCAGGUUAUUUGUUCAACAUACGUUACCAUGGUGAUUUAGACAAGUAAAUAGAGCCACUUUUGUGACACACUACAGUCUGACUUUAGGUUCACCAUAACUCCAUU